AUGGGGCCAUCUCAGCUUGUCCGGGCCCCUCGGCCUCGGGGCAUGAGUUCUCCCUACCGUAGGCCAGGUAUGGGUGGGCCCAGGCGCAGGUGUCCCAAGAUGUUCAAGUGUAGCCGCAGAACAUACCGGCAGAAACCCCGAGGCCCAACUGCCACCGAUCCUGCCUCUGUGGCCACAAACAUCAGUGACACGGACACUACCACCAGUGUGUGGAUCCUGUCACCUCAAGUUCUCAGACACCUCUGUCAACCUAGGGGCUUUCUGAUCCUCUAA